AUGCCGUAUCGGAUCGAGUACGCGUCAACAUCUCGAGCGACAUGCAAGGGCCCUCAGCCAUGUGCUGGGACAAAAAUCGAGAAAGGCGAGUUGCGUCUUGGUACAUUGACGGAAAUCCAAGGUCAUCAUGGCAUGGCAUGGCGUCAUUGGGGAUGUGUGACAUCUCGUGUACUAGCCAAUAUGCGAAAAGAAAUUGAGGAUGUGGCGAACGAGUUAGACGGAUUCGAAGAUUUAGAGCCUACCGACCAAGAGAAGAUUAUGGCAGCUUUUGCCUUAGGGCAUGUGCGAGAGCAGGAUACGACACCCGUACUCCUCGACGAGAAGCCCUCAGAUGCGCCUACACAUAAGGGGACCAAGCGUCGUCGGACAGGGAGGGAGAAUGACGAUGACGACGUGGCAUAUGAGAGUGACGACAAUGAUGACACAAAAGCACUCGAGAUGAUCGAGAAUCUACCAUCCAAGCGGGCUCGAAAGCCAACACAGCGGUACGGAGCAUCAUCAGCGAGACCCAAGGAAGAAGAUGUGGCUAGCGAAGAGGACGAGGAAGAGGAGGAGGAGGAGGCAGAAGAUUCAGACGAUAGUGACGUGUUCGAACAAGAUGAUGAAGAUGAGGACGAUGAAGACGAUGAGGAAGAAUAUGAGGAGGAAGACUAA